GGAGUAGUCAAAUAGUCUACGAUCAGAGAGAAAGAGAGAGGAAAACGAAAGAAGACCAACAACCCGAGCUCGGUUGGGGUUCCUGCCCCUCCAAACAAUUAUGCUCGUCUCUCCGCUGUCGCUUCCUCUCAGGUGUCCGUUUCCCGGUCGCUGAAUGGCGCUGGUUACCGUGCAGCGUUCACCGACCCCCAGCACCAGCUCCAGCCCCUGCGUUUCGGAGUCCGGUAGUGGGGAGGAUGAUCGCCGCUCUCAGCCAAGGAGCAUCAGUGAAAGUUUCCUGACAGUUAAAGGGGCUGCUCUCUUCUUACCUCGAGGAAAUGGCUCCUCCACUUCCUCUGCCUCUCGCUUCUCACAGCUGCGCAGCAAACAUGCAGGAGACAUCCAGCAGCAUCUACAAACCAUGUUCAUUCUCCUCAGACCAGAGGACAACAUCAAACUGGCGGUCCGUUUGGAGAGCGCCCACACUCAGGUCACCCGCUACAUGGUGGUGGUUUCAACCAACGGUCGCCAGGACACCGAGGAGAGCGUGGUGCUGGGUAUGGAUUUCAGUCCAGUAGACAGCUCAUGUUCGGUGGGGCUGGUUUUACCCUUAUGGAGCGACACACUGAUACAUCUGGACGGGGAUGGGGGUUUCAGUGUGUCUACAGACAACAGAGUGCAUGUAUUCAAGCCCGUUUCUGUGCAGGCCAUGUGGUCAGCCCUCCAAUCACUCCAUAAAGCUUGUGAGGUGGCUCGUGGUCACAACUACUUCCCAGGCAGCUUGUUCCUCACUUGGGUCAGCUACUAUCAGAGUAGGGUCUCCUCAGACCAGGCACGAAUCAAUGAGUGGAAUGCCAUGCAGGACGUGCAGUCACACCGUGCCGAUUCACCCGUCCUCUUCUCUGACGUACCUACGGAAAGAGAACUGACAGAGCGUCAGAUCAAAACCAGUUUGAGGGAGAUCAUGAUGCAGAAAGACCUCGAGAAUGUCACCUGCAAAGAGAUCCGCACAGAGCUGGAAAUGCACAUGACAUGCAACCUGCGAGAGUUCAAGGAGUUUAUCGACAAUGAGAUGAUUGUCAUUCUGGGUCAAAUGGACAGCCCCACUGAGAUCUUUGAUCAUGUAUUCUUGGGAUCUGAGUGGAAUGCAUCCAAUUUGGACGAGUUGCAGAAGAGUGGUGUCCAGUACAUCCUGAAUGUAACAAGAGAGAUCGAUAACUUCUUCCCCGGUGUGUUUGAGUACCACAACAUUCGUGUUUAUGAUGAGGAGGCCACUGACCUGCUUGCCUAUUGGAACGAGACCUAUAAGUUUAUAUCUAGAGCCAAGAAAGCUGGGUCCAAGUGUCUGGUGCACUGUAAAAUGGGUAUAAGCCGCUCUGCAGCCACGGUGAUUGCCUACGCCAUGAAGGAGUACGGCUGGGAUCUGAAAAAAGCCUUUGAUUACGUUAAAGAACGUCGAACUGUGACCAAACCCAACCCAUCUUUUAUGAGACAGCUGGAGGAGUAUCAAGGCAUACUGCUGGCCAGCAAGCAGAGGCACAACAAACUGUGGCGUUCUCACUCUGAUAGUGACCUGUCUGAGCACCAUGAGCCACUGUCUAAAUCCCACGCCCAGCCACACAGCCUGGGCCGCUCCGAUCCCCAUAACCAGGCCAGCAACACUAUGGGUCCCUCUGUGAAAGAGCUGCUGGAAUCACUGGGGACUUCGUCCAGCACUGGCAAAGCAACACACUCCACUAGCCAGCCUGAUACCGGCAUCCACUCGAAACAGUUCAGCUCUUUAUCCUUCCAUGGGAAGGCAUCUCUGUCAGUUGACACUGAAGCUCAAAGCCUUGAGGCCCCUUCUCAUUCUGCUGUAGCCCAGAUUAGCCAGCUGGACCCCCCUUGUCCUGAGUCCACAGCUGGCUCUGUGUCUCCAUUAUCUCCUCCACUCUCCAACGGCGUAUGUGACUCUGAGGUGCAGCCGUCAUCACCUCCUCUCUCCCGGCCAAGGGCAGCCACUUUGGUGCCUGAGCCUCAAAAGACAGACAUGGUAACUGUUGCACAAACUGUUUUGCUGGGCCAACCUCACCCGCCUCCAUCCCUUCACCACCUCCCCCCCUCUCCAGCUCCGUCUCCGACUCCAGCCUGUGUAGAUGAGGUUAUCAAACCACCGAUGUUGUCCUGUUCUCUGCCUGUGAUUAAAUCGAUGGCAGAGUCAGUGCCUGAGCCCACAACAACACAAACACCAAGCACACAACAAGCUGAACCCCACGGUCUGCCUGCACCAGUGCCUGUCAGAAAACCAGACUGUGACCCACACAUGUGUGGCUCGUCUUCGGAUGGCUCAGCAGCCCAUCCUCCCAUCACUAGUGAUUUUAUCAGCGACCCCAGUGCCAUUCCAGAAGACGACAAAGUGUUGGAUCACAUUAACUUUUUCAGUGCCAGGGAAAAGUUCAAGGGAAUGACUGAAGAUGGUAAGACUCAAAGUGCUGCAGUGCAGCAGUCAUCCCAGCCGAAGAGUUGUGGCAAGGAACAGCAAUCACUGCCUCAAGAGAUCUCCGUUAGCGAGGGAAAGGAUGAGGAAAAAAGAAAGCAAAACCCUGUGCAGGACACAGUCGCAGUGAACACAGAGGCAACACCUCUCGGCCCUCUCAGCCAACUGGGUCACAAGGACCCCCAGGACCAGGAAGAGAGGAAGUCAAAUCAGGAAAUAGAGGACAGUUGUGUUUUUUCACAGAAGGAAGCUCAGAAUGUAAAAGAGGAAGCGAAAAACAAAGAAGACGAGGAGGCGGCUCCUACUCGUCUCUACAGCGAUUGGACAAGGGGCUCUGUGCGGCGUGUCACGCGACAGCUGGAGCAGAGAAUGAAACAGGAUCAUGACUCUCCGUCACCCUCCUCAUCGCCGCCGUCCCUCCCCAGUAGCUCAUCAUGUUCUCAGUGGCGUCCAUCCGGUGAAACAAUGUCACAGGUGUCAGUGGAUAGCGCAGAGCAGGAAGACAAAGAGGAGGAUGAUGGGAAGUUUAGUCCAAUAAAGAGGGAGGGUGCUGAUGUACUUGAGAUGGGGGAACAAGGAAAUGAUGACAGAAGCACAAAAGGACACAAAUUCCAUCCUGCUGAUACUCGAUUGCUCUCUACCUCUUCUUUCCACCACUCAGCCCAGUCUCCCUUUGCCUCAGUGAACUUCCUGUGUUUGGAGGGCGUGACCGAAUUCGAGUCGUGCACGGACACGGAGGCCCCUCCCCAUGGUGACAUUAUUAUGAGGGAGACAUGGGAGACUUUGUGCGAGCUGGGCGCCUUUCUGCAGCAGGUCAGCGUGGGUGGAGCCCACAAGGCUAGGUGUGUGGACCAGGUUUUUGGCCUCAGUGGUGGUGCGACACGGAAGCGAGGUAGCAGCCUCCAGAAGAGGGGCAGAGAGGUGGAAGCCAGGAUUCGCCAGGCAGGGCUGACCCCUCCAUCCCUGAUGAAGCGAUCUGCAUCUCUGGCGAAGCUGGGCUGUCUGGAGCUGCUAGCCAAUGACCUGAGUGAGUGGGAGUUCAGCCGCUCCUCUGUAGCUCAAUCCUCAGCAGAACAUCCCAUCCAUACAGCUAAUGAUGACUCCAAGAAGCAGCGGGUCCACAACUCUCAUUCCUCAGCCGACCAGCAGCCUGAAGUUGUCGGCAUCGGCGCGGAGAGGCUUUCUGAAGCUGGAGAAACCUCAUCAGAAGUCUCUCCACCAUCAAAUCAGAGUCCACAAAGAUGUGAACUCCUUAAUUCUGACCAAGACUCUCUGCUAUUGCCUGGGCUGACACUCAUAACAACAAGGCAGCAAUAUGGAAGGACUCACCCUCUGAGGCGGCUUAAGAAAAAAACUGUUAGUACCCUUUACCACACCAUGUAGCCCUCACCGUGUAUGUGUCUGUGUCUGUGUGGAUGUGUGUGUAUGUGUGAGAGAGGGAUCUUGUGCACCUGUGAGAAAAUGGAAAUUUAGUAUACAUACAUUGGAUUCAUUCAGCAAAACAAACCAAUGCCUCUUGCCUUAAAGGAGAUAUUUAUUAGUUUCUGUAUGUUUUUCCACCUGCAGAUCUGCCAAGAGCCUCUGUGAAAUCUGAUCUGAGGCACUUGUCUUGGUGCAAGAACAAUUACAAGGCUAUGAAGGUUCAUUUUAAAGGAUUCAAAUUGAAAUAGACGCCGUAGUACAAACACCUGCAACAAAAUAUCAAUAACUAAGUUUUAUAUGAGUAACUUGUUUUUAAUGUUGAUAAGCCUGAGCCUGUAUUUAUAUAGUCUUUACAUCAUUGCUGGCCAUUCUCAACUUGACACAUUUACUUGAUCGCUGUUGGUGGAUUGAAUAGUCCCAAGCUGAUGUUUGGUGGAAUGUAGCUUCUGUUUUUCCCUCUUUUUCACUUCUCUUCACCUCCCAAUGUUUAAUAAUUGUGCUGGAUAGCUGCAAAGGAAAUGACUUGGCUUCUGGUACAAUCUGAAAGGUAAAUGAAUCCCUUCAACACUCCUGCACCAACGAUUACACAACGUGAUCAUGUACAGAUAAACCUGGGAGUGAUUUUAGCAGAAAUACUUUGUAUUGAUAUUAAUGAUGUCAAUCAGAGUCAGUUCUGCUGUCUUGAGACUGAUUGUAAAUGUGGGUUUUUAGUAGCAGCUGCAUAUCUAAACAUGCAAGAGCUCAGGUGGAACCUCGGACCACACAGAUUAGUGUUUUCAGUGGCUGUUAGAUGUUUUAUCUUUACAUUUCUGCAGUUCAUUGCAAUUUAUUUUUAAAACAAAUUAGAAAGAGAAGGGGGAUGCUGGUUGUUUUGUUCUGUUUAUGUUCGUUCAACUGACUCACAAUACCUCAAUAAGUCCGAACCAAAUCUGACCUGCACAUCAUGUCAGGCUCUGGAUUCCUGGAAUGUCCGUCUCAAUCAGAAACUGUCAUUACUCAAUAAACUGAAGUAAACUCAUCUCUUUCAUGUCUUCUCACAGUUCUGAUGCCACUCAACUAGAUGUUUUCUUUUUGUAUGUGUUACUGUGUGUGUGUGGGAGAAAGGGUUAGGGCGUUAAAAGACAAGGUGUAUAUUUGUGAGUUUACUGCUUCAUUCUGUUCUGGGAUGUAAAGGUCUGUGAUGUGAGUGUUGACAUUUUAGGAACUGUACAUGUUUUUUUUAUAUAUCUGGCUUAAGUCUGUGUGAGUGUGACUGUGUAGCACAACUUUACGAUGUGGGUUUGUACUUUUUUAUUUUAUUUUGUUUUUUAACUGAUGGUUGUCCCUUGUGUAUGCAUUUUAGGGGUGUGCCUGUGACUGGCAAGUGAAGCUUCUCUGCAGUCUAUCAGAAAUGUCUGUACAGGGAGGUCUGUCAUACAUGCACUUUACUCCCUUUUUUAAUUUUAAUGUGGCUUCUUUUUUUUCUUUUUUUUAUGUAUGGUUGCUACUUUCGGGGAACAUGCUUAGGUAGUAAGCAUUUGUUCGGUAUGUGUGUGUAUUAUUAAACCUUUUUUUUCUUUCUUUUUUUCCCAAUUUUAUUUUAAACUAUCAGUGUAAAUAUUCUUUUAUAUCAUGUGCUUCAAC